AUGGCUUCGUCUAGUAAACUGCCCGGCACAGGUUUGGAAGAAGUUGGAGUGCCAGGUCAGUCGUAUCUUCGUGAUGCACUAACAAGUUGUACAGAUCCCUUGAAGGCUAUAGAAGAGUUUCAGUUGGAAAAUGGUAUUUUAUUACCGUCAUUGCGGCCUAUGCUGCCUUUGCUUGAUCUUCAUGGAGUGCGUCGGCUUGAUUUUCAUACGUCUGUCCUUGAAGAACUGAGAGAUAAACUAAUAGCUCAUAUCAACGAACUUGGUUCCAAAGAUGGUAAAGAACAUGAUAAGAAACUCAAAGAACUGCUCACGAAGAGCUUUCCCGUUGUUAGAGUAAAGGCUCUGAGGCCUGUUAUUAUGAGUAUACUAAAGAACACUCCGCACAUUGAUGACAAAUUUCUAAGAGUUCUCGUCAGAGAUCGUGAAUUAUAUAAUGACACGGACACAGAAGUAAAACGACAGAUCUGGCAAGAUAAUCAAUCUCUGUUUGGUGACGAAGUAUCACCACUGCUCAGUCAAUAUAUCAGGGAAAAAGAGAAUGUGUUGUUUGAUCAUGAGAACCUCACUAACCUAUUCUUUUCACCGUCUCCUAAGGUUAGAAGGCAAGGUGCGGUUGUCCAAAAACUGGCGCACAUGAUUGGCAACAGUGUAAAAUUAUAUGAUAUGGUAUUACAGUUCCUUCGUACACUGUUUUUGAGAACAAGAAAUGUUCAUUAUUGUACUCUACGAGCUGAGUUGCUGAUGGCAUUGCAUGACUUGGAAAUACAGGAUAUUAUAUCUGUAGAUCCUUGUCACAAAUUCACUUGGUGCCUAGAUGCAUGUAUUAGAGAAAGAAAUGUAGACAUAAAGAGGUCAAGAGAACUGCAAGGAUUCUUGGACAGUAUCAAACGGGGACAGGAACAAGUUUUGGGUGACUUGUCUAUGACACUAUGUGAUCCUUAUGCUAUUAAUUUCUUGGCAACCUCUGCAAUCAAAAUAUUACAACAUUUAAUAAAUACUGAAGCGCUACCUAGAGAUAACACAAUAUUGAUUCUCUUACUAAGAAUGUUAGCACUAGGCUUGAGUGCUUGGGUUAUGAUUGAUUCUCAAGAAUUUAAAGAGCCUAAGCUUGACAGUCAAGUGGUCACUAAAUAUUUACCUGCACUAAUGUCACUUAUGGUGGAUGAUCAAGUCAGAGCUUUGCAUAAUAAAUUGCCCCCAGAUGAGAGAGAGUCUGCUAUCACCACUAUUGAACAUUCAGGACCACCACCAGAUGCUUGUGAGGCAUACAUGAGAGAAAACUCUGUAUGUGGUGUUCUAGCAAUGUAUUACACAUUACAUGCAGCUAAACUGCGAGAUAGGGGAGCAUUGCUACGUAUCCUUAGUAUCCUCGGUAGUUGCAAAGAUGGAAGAGCUUAUGAAGAUCCUUUCUUACAUGCUCUUGUGGCACUAUUAGUACAAUUGCCUGAUGAAUUCCAAGGCGAAGACUUCAGUACUGUAUUAUUUGAUGAAUUCUUUUUUGCAGGGUUAUCUAAAGAUAAUGUCACUAGACAUUUACUCAAAUUACUUUGGUACAUCCAUCCUAAACUACCUGAAACAAGAAUUCAGACCCUUAUGAAAGCUCUCCAGCCAGGCACUCAACACAAUGAGUCUGUUCAUAAACUGUAUGAGACUUUGCAGCAAAAAAUGACUACUCAGUCAGAGCCAGUUCCUAGCACAAGUGAAAUGGAAUAUUUAGACUCUCCUCUAAUGAGUGUACCAACUCCAGCACCCUAUCACAUGUAG